AUGGCAACUGGCAGUGCUGUCAAUGUUAAUGAACAACAUGUCAGCCAAGUCAUGGGCAUCCCUAACAUCGGGGAAGACUUGGUUAUUGUUAAGAGAACAGGCCCCUCCAACCGCACAUACACUCUCAGGGUUUUGGAGCAAAACCUUGACAAUCUGCCUGUUGGAAGUCAUGACCUAUGGGACACCAUAUGGGAUUCUGAUCUUGGUGUCCAAAUGAAUUGGGCUAAGUUUCUGCUGCAACACUUAGAGGACGGCAUUAAGGAAUAUCGGCAAAAGCAGCCUACUUACAUCCGAGGCUGCCUCAUGUUCCUCCAGCUCUUUUAUAUGGCAUUCUUCUAUAUGCCAUCAGUUAUUGUUGAGGUGACCAGGCCGCUUGCUGCUGCAUGGAGUGACGAUGUCAUAAAGCGCCGCUUAGCGGCUGAAAUAUCAACUUUCGGUGGAUAUGGGCAUGUGGAUGCACAGGAACAGCCACAAAGCACACCUGACAUAUUGCUACCAUCAGUAGCCUCAACCUCCACAGCCGGUGACGAUGCUACAGAGGUUAUUGAAGCCCGCAUCAGUGAGACAUCAGAGACUAUGCUUAGAUUAGCUUUGUCUUUGGUGCGGGAUGUGGGUGCAUUACGUUGCCGGGCCGGUGGAUCAGAGGGGAAUUCUUCCGUCCCUUGCCCAUCAACAGAGCACCACACUAAAGAUCAACCAUUGCGGCCAACACCAGUGAGGCAGCCAUCAGCUGAGGAAAUUGAACCAGAAGACAGCCUCGUACCAACCCCUCAUUCACCAGUUGGAAUGGGACCAUCACCAGCUCCCACUUAUUCCGAGCCACUGGUCCCACAGUCUCAGGCACAGGCAUCCCUUCCAGCUGAAGUGACAGUAGAGGAUGCGGAAGAAGGUGAAGACGCGGGUGGGAGUGGCACCCAAGCCCCUAAACCUUCAUCAAUGAAGAGAUAUAAGCAGACCGCUAAGAGGAUUGUCAAGCGUCCUCCCGCUUGCAAAAGUCCGUUUGUCGCCCAAUGUGUAAAACAAUUCCCAAAAAUACCUCAUGCAGAUCGGGUAGUAGCAGAUUAUGCUUUGGCUGAAAUGGGUGAUCCUAGUGAGAUUUUGUGCGACAUGUAUGGGAUGUACAUUAGACGGGAGGAACUUUCUUGUCUAAAUGCAGGGCGGUGGGUUAAUUCAAUGAUUGUUGCGAUUGUCUCUCGCAUGAUGAAUAGACAACAAGCACCACCACCUCGCGCACAUUUUUUUGAGCCUUCGUUCUCGGUUGUUCUAAGCAACCUCAAAUCUAAUGCAACCACGCAAGUCAUCCUGGAAAGAUGCGCUAUGUAUCUGGAUCCUGACACAUUGGGCCAUGAUCUUAGUUCAUGUGACAUGAUGUUCAUCCCGGUUUGCGAGAAUAAUCACUGGCACGUGCAUGUUGUUAAUUUUGCAGCUGGAAGAGUUGAGAUACUUUCGUCAUUGCCCCUAAGGCGGGGCAACAACAUCAGUGCUGCAACACGACGAUUAUCAAUUGGCACUCCACAAAGCACUGCAUGCAUAUAG